CUCCAAGGCUCGAACUUGAAAUCUUAGCAACUACCAUUGAAGCACAAGCCACUGCCGUAGCUCAAUGUGGGGCUAAAACUCUGCUUCCACGAUCUUCGGCUCAGUAUGAUUUCGGUGAAGGAUUCAUCUACUUUACGACGUCCGCUUGUAAUCUACGAACUAGGAAAGAAACAGAGCAGGGUUGGAGCCAUUAUCCUUUAAUCUGCAAAAUAAGGGAUUGGUCAUUCGCCAUCGUCUUGGAGUGAUUUUUCCUGUUCAUCUGAACCCUUUCUUAUGCUUUGUGCUGCAGCACUGUCACCAAAGAAUUUCUCUUCAUUGCAAUGAAAUCAAGAACACGCUCGCACACUGCUUCGCUCUUUCUUCAGCGUUUUGUAUACUCCGUCAUUUUUUGUUGAAGCGAGGCUCAAGAAGGCAAAAGAGGGCUUCAAGAUUUUCCAAAUACUAAAGAUGCAUAUGCCUGCAUGACUCUUUUAACUUUUUAAACUCUUGUUCCAUUUCAUUUCCUGCUUUAGCGUCGAGUAGAGCAAUUUUAGCGUAAACAUGUAUUGUUUUGAUACUUCGUUCUCAUUUUUGGAGAAAAAUAAGCUCAUACGCAAAGAAGAAAAGCUAACCUUGUGAUUGGCAUGAUCAAUCAAUUCAUUUUUAGUGUUUACAGAAAGUGCUGAAACUUAAAUAUUUGAAGGAUCAAUGGUUGGCGUGGAUUGGGAUAAAAUACCUGCUUGAUAUAUCUUCUGCAACGAGCGUGAAAUAUUUGUGAGAGUCACUUUUCUUUUUUAUUUGAAUUAAACUGUGGUAUCUGGUCAGUUUGGGGUCCGUGAUGGAGAGGAAUCUCAGUCCAAUACUGCGGCAAGAGAUAGAAAAUUUUGAAAAAGAUGCAGAGGGUCGAAGAUCUGCGAUGGAAGCGUUACAAGCAUACGUGAAAGAUUUGGAUUCUAAGACCAUUCAUGUAUUUCUUAACCAAAUUUCUGAAAUAAAGGAAACCAGUUCCUUAUCUGGAGAAUUCAUAAUUUCACUGUAUGAAGUUCUCGCUCGAUUUCACGGUGUCAAAAUUGUUCCCAUGGUCGACAAUAUCAUGGAAUCUAUAAUCCAGACCUUAGCUUCAAGCGCGGGGUCUUUCCCUCUUCAUCAAGCUUGCUCAAGGGUGGUUUCGGCAAUUGCUAGAUAUAGCAUUGAACCCACAACCCCGGAAGAGAAGAAGAGGCAUGUAAUAUGUUCUCUUUGUAAGCCUCUUUCAGAUUCUCUAUCAAGUUCCCAAGGGUGCCUGACUUCAGGAGCGGCCCUUUGCUUAAACGCUCUUGUGGACUCUGAUAACUGGCGAUUUGUUUCAGAUGAAAUGGUCAGCAGGAUUUGUCAAAAUGUUGCUGUGGCAUUAGAUGGAAAGCCCAACCAGACCAAUUCACACAUGGGUCUAGUUAUGGCCUUAGCAAAGCGCAAUGCUUUGAUUGUUGAAGCCUAUGCAAGGCUGCUUAUACAAUCUGGACUAAUAAUACUGAAUGCUGAUCAUGAGGAGGGGAAUUCUCAGAGGCGCUUGUCAUCCAUUCAAAUGUUGAACUGCUUGAUCAAAUUUUUGGACCCCAGGAGUGUAUUUUCCGAGCUUCAAUUGAUCAUUGAGGCGAUGGAGAAGUGUCAGUCUGAUAGAAUGGAAUAUGUUAGGGCUGCAGCAUUUGAAGUUUUACAAGCUGCUGAGGAAAUUGCAUUUGACAAGAAGUCGAGGUAUGUAAACAGUCAUGAUUCGAUUGAUGGGUCAAACUUAAGUAGAAGUGAGGGGGAAGAUGUUUCUGGUGAUGAAGACCAUUCUCCUGCAUCUCUCUCACCGGAACCACAUAUCAUGGGCUAUUUCCCUGGAUAUGAAUCAAUUGUUGAGUCGCCAAUAUUGACGAAUCAAGCUUCUCAGAACUUGAACCCUGGGCAUCGGUCUUUGAAUCCGAAGUACGUAGUAUUAAGAAGUAACACCAGAAGUCAAAGGUCACGUGCCCUGGCUACCCCGGAGAGUAUUAAAAUAUUCGCGACCCCUACAAAACAUAUUCACUCUCUCCAGUAUCCAUGUGAUGUGAACUCGAGUUGCUCCGAGCGACAAAGUAGAAGGUUGAGGAAUCUAUCCUCAGGCAAUAUGCAUUGGAGCCCAACAUCUAGAUAUGACCACAAUUAUUUUCCACAUAAUCUGGGCUAUGAUAACGAAAGCUUAUGUGCUGAUGUGCAAUUUCACGGUGGGCCGGAGUCAGUUUCAUCGACAGAAGACCUUCCUGCUGGUGCUGGCAUACUGGCGCCUCCCGAGAUGGUUCCUUCCAAGAGCAAUGAUGCUCGGACUACAGUUCGAAUUGAAAAGGCUCGUCAUAAGUCUAAACUGAAAUUGGUUUUCGGCCUUUCUUUUGUUUUACUGGCAAUGGUUGCUCCUCUAUUUUGGAUCAACAUUCAAGAUGAUCGUUAUCUUGUACCUACUUAAUGCGUGCUAUCUGACGUACAUGCUGAGAAUAAAGAUGAUUGAUAUACAGCUUUAAAAAUUUUCAACAGAGGGUUCUGUAUGUCUUUGCAAAAGCAUCGUAAGUGUCACCUAAAUGUUGGGGAGUUCAAAGUCAGAUUAGAUGAUGUAAUCCAUAGUGUGUAUGCUUUGAAGAAAAGGAUUAAUUUUUCCUGGCACAAAAACUGAGAUAUAUGGUA